UAACUAAUGUCAAAAAACUCAAAUUUCCACAAGUGUUUGUUGUUUUUCUGAGUAUAUUUUCAAAAACAGCUUUAUUAGAUUUGGUUGGUUGUCGCUUAACGUUUCUCAAUCACUCUUUUCCUGUAAUAAACAUAUAUAAAUUAAGUCAUAAACAACUGUCGUCAACAAUGGAGAACGAGGAAGAAAUAGAGCGGCCACCGAGCGCGCGCCGUACGUUUACGCUGCGACAUGGCGCGGCUAGGCAGGUGGCCAUCAACUUCAUGCCGUCGCGGCAGCUCUCCUACAACACCCUCCGCCUCCGCCGAACAAAUUCCGAACAUAAUGCGUUGCUGGAGGAUGUUUGCGACGCGCCCGCCGGCCCGAGCGCCGACAAGCGCGCCGACAUGAUCGUGCGCGAGCUGGAGCAGCACCAGCGGCUCAUGGACGACAACCCCGAGGCCGAGGAGCUGCGCAGGGAAGCAUUGCGAGACCUCCCUCAAGGUCUCACCAUGAAGAGGCACGUGCGAGCCAAGCUUUCCGCGUCUGUCAGCCUGCGGUCCAAAAGGCGGCCCAUAUCUAUGACCAAGAGGCUCAAGUAUAGGAUGGGAUUUACUGUCAAAAGGUUCCGCGAGCGUCUGCGCGACUUCACAUUCAGCAUCGAGCCGUGGUACGAAGCCAUCAGAAACAUCGAGGGCCACUUCGGCUCGGCCGUUGGCUCGUACUUCUACUUCCUGCGCUGGCUGUUCGUGCUGGACGUCCUGCUGGCAGUCUUCGUGGUUGGAUUUGUAGUGGUGCCUCAGGCGCUGUAUGAUAGCGGAGCAAACAGUACGGGAGUUCAAUGGAGCUUCUUGGACUUCAUUUCUGGAAAGGGAAGUUUCGAGGACUCCCUCCUGUUCUACGGGCACUACCAUUCCGGAGACAUAUCAGCAGGCUCGCCGCUGACCUACAGCAUGCCCUUCGCCUACUUCUUCACCAUGGUCUGUCUCUACCUGGUGGUCUUCGCUGUGCUGUGCUACAGGACGGCAUACUCGUACCGGCGCAAUUUCAUCGAGACGGCGGGCGGUGUGCCGCACGCGCUGGCCAACAAACUGUUCUGUGGUUGGGACUUCGGCGUCGUCACGCGCCAGGCCGCCGCGCUCAACGCUACUAGCAUCUACAACGAGCUCAAGGAACUCCUCAGCGAGCAAAACAAAAACAAAGAAUCGGCUUCGCUCUGCACUCGCAUCGGGCGGAACCUGGCGAAUGUGAUCGUAACGACCCUCGUAAUAGGGUCCAUAAUCGCUCUGGAGUAUGGGCUUUGGAUGUUGUUGAGUGCUGAGGUUAAAAUUCAGAAUUGGGAAGUGAUUAUUUCCGUGAUCAUCACCGCAGGAGUUGCUUUGUGUCCGCUGCUUUUUAAUAUGAUUGUAAGACUGGAGUUCUACGAACCGCGUACAGCCGUGUACGUGACGCUGGCUCGCACGUGGCUACUGGAUGUUGGAACACUGAUGCUGCUGCUUGGAUAUUGGUCCCGCUCGGACGAGCCCGUAAGUUAUUUAACUUCGUCCGUUAACCUAACUAAUGAGUGCUGGGAGACGACGUUCGGGCAGGAGGUGUACCGGCUGGUGUUGCUAGAUGCGAUCGUGUCGCUGUUUGUACUGCCCGUUGUAGAAGGCCUGAGAGCUUUGUUUUAUCAUAAGUUCAACCCUAACGGCAAGGCGCCAGAGUUCAACAUCGCUUACAACUCGCUGACGGUGAUCUACAACCAGGCCGCGCUGUGGUUCGGCGCUUUAUUCGCGCCGCUUCUCGUCGUAGCGGUAGCACUAAAGCUGCUUUGUUUAUUCUACGUCAAGCGCAUUUGUGCGCUGCGAGCCUGCCAGCCGGCUAGGAAGGUGUGGCGCGCGGCGCAAACGCAAACAGUGUUCUACAUGCUAGUCACCCUUUCGCUGUUCACCACGCUCUUCGGCAUCGGCUCCUUAUUCUUUUGGAAAUCCUCCCAAGAGUGCGGGCCGUUCCGUUCGUACGCGUUUGUCUAUGAAGUGGUCAGUGAAGGCGUGCUACGGCUGUCUGAGCGACCGACUACGAGGCGCGUGCUUGCAUUUAUAACGCGCCCGGGUGCCGUAGCGUUCCUGAUGCUAGCUCUGUGUGUGUGCGUGUACUACGUGCGAGCGCGCGCGCGUGCGCAGCGAUCCAUGGUACGGCUGUUGCGGCAGAUGCUAGUUCUGCAAGCUAAAGACAAGGAGUUCCUGCUGCACGCCAUCACCAAAGUGUCUAAUGGAGAAUGGCUCUACAGUCCGAAGAGUCCAACCGAGGGUCCAGACAGUCACACGUGGAAGUACCUGAACGAAGUCCGCAAGCCUUCCAACGCGGGUUACCAGCUAGAUGCGUCCCGAUUGUCGCACUCUUUCCCGGAUAGGCCGCGCUCGCAGGCGCCGAGGGAUGAUGGAGACACCGAUAGUUCCUUUAGUUGGCAGGGAUCUUCCAACUGCCUUCAUCAGGGUGAAGCCGCUGGGAACAAGUGGCUGUAAUCCUUCUGAUUCUAAGUAAUUCUAAUUAAAGCCUGGUCCGUGAGCACGUAGAAUCCCGUCCAAUGACCCCAAGUUACCCAUCCUUAUCGCUCGCGCGUAAUUAUAUUGCUGUCGCGACUGUGCGACGCGCGCCCGCAGUGAGUGUGUGAGCGCGACAGCAACAUAAUUACGUGCGAGUGACAAGGAUGGGCAGCUUGGGGUCAUUGGACGGGAUUCUACGUGCUCACGGACCAGGCUUUACCAAGCGACAUAUUUUUUAUGAAUUUUCGAAACGAGCUGAUAUAUUUUGUGUAGUAAUAGAAACCUGUAACGUUAUUUAUUUGCGGCUACCAACUAGAUACUUCACGGUUGUCGCUGGACGAAGUCUGCUAGCUUUCCAACGCGGGUUACCAACUGGAUGCGUCCCGAUUGUCGCACUCUUUCCCGGAUAGGCCGCGCUCGCAGGCGCCGAGGGAUGAUGGAGACACCGAUAGUUCGUUUAGCUGGCAGGGAUCUUCCAACUGCCUUCACCAAGGCGAAGCCGCUGGGAACAAGUGGCUGUAAUCCUUCUGAUUUUAACUAAAGCCUGGUCCGUGAGCACGUAGAAUCCCGUCC